UCUUCUUCUUCAUUCCCUACUACAUUCUUGUUCAAAUCUCAUUUUCAUACAAUAUGGGUAUCAAUUAUCCAACAAUGGUGCUCUCGUUGAGAGGUUUGAACACAAUCAAGUGAGAAAACCUCACCGCUUAACAAAAAAUCCACUGAACCACACAAAAAAUCCAUCCAAAAACAAUCGGGAAUUUCAAAAAAAAAUGGAACUAUCCAGAUCUGGAGCAGCUCUGGUCAGAUCGGAACUAACUGGUCAACGGAGCAGCAAGCGAGCAAUCAGGUCUGGCCCAGUCCGACGCGCGACGUGCAUUCCAAUCUUUCUCCAGCGUGACACCACUUCCUGAAAUCCGUAGGAGCUCGCGACGGACGGGUUAGUCCGGACCAACGAUGGAUUCCAACUCGAGGCCAAAGUUAUACUGGAGCUUCAUCAAGCUCAUAUGUAGUGGUGACGAAGGCGUCCUGUAUUCGAGUAAAGAAAAGAAUCCAGUCAGGAAUGUUCUAAACAAAAAAUCCAAAAUCAGGAGAGGAAAUGAUGAAAUUUGGAAGUUCAUGGUCGAGAUUCAGCAGCUCUAGGACGUCAUCUUUAUCACCUUCGCAACUGGGAGCCAGAGAACCCCGACGCUCCAAGAUCUCAGCCGCUGAGUCAGAGGUCCUUCGUGGGUGGGUGAUUUUGGCUGGGGCUCGCCGCCUCUGUCCCGCUGCCUACUGCCUCACUCCACCAUGAUGUCACGGUUUCCAUCUCUCCGGUUAUUAAGCUCAACCUCGAAAAUCCGCCAUGCUGUCUAAGCUCAGACGCCCUCAAAACUCAGGGAAGGACAGACUGCCCUCUAACUCAUCGCCACCACAGACGUCUCUUACGCUCCUGCGCACUGCCCAUCUUCCAGGAGCUCCGGUCAGCCGUCACCUGUCGCCGCCCUCUAGUCGAGGAUGACUGAACCUACUGCCACCGUCCUCCAUGGUCGCUGCAACGUCUCCUGGAGAGCGCGGGCGCCGUUGAUGAAGUAGGCAACAAUAGCCGGAAGGCUACUCGCGUAGGGGCUUGGUUGCAGGCGGGAUCUACUUGGCGCAGUAGAUAAGUCUGGAGCCACGUGGACGGAUCUGCUCCAGAGAAUCCAAAGUUGUGGUCUAUUAUUAGGAGGACAAAGUUGGUGAAAAUAGAUGGUGGGCUUCCCCAUUAAAUCAAAAAUCGAGUCUCUAUGCAGCCCCACCGUGAUAGUGAUACAAAAAAUGCCUCAAUGGCUUCGGUGGCCGAAAGAGGUUGGCUAGCUGGACUGGUGUGUGGGUUCCAUUUGACUCAGUCAACUGUCAAAAGUGCUGCCCUAACCCAUGAUAGUCAACAACACGGUAGUAGGCCAGGGAAGAUUGGGCCUAAGUAAGAAACGAUGGCCAGAAUACCUUGGGACCAAACAAGUUACCGGACGGGAUACAAUUUCACGGGAAUAUUUCAGCCCAAUCAGUCCAUUAUUUCAUCCCACUUCAAAAAGAUAAGUACUCUUUAAUUCUCAUAUUAUUUAUAUUUAUUUUAAUCAAUAUUUUUGUUGUCGGUUAAAAGUCAUAAUAUCACGCAAUUAUGAUCAAAUGCCUAGUAGAGUGUGACUUGAGACCCAUCACUAAGAUUCAAAGCCUUGACUCCUCAGGCACAAAGCCCUGACUCCUCAGGCACGAAGACCGGUCUUAGUCAUUCCAAGAGUGGCGACCGUUGCGUACGAAUGACUCACACCUCCACUCUACUAAGUAUUUUAUCAUUACAUCAACAAUUCACAUUUCCACUUUUUUCAAGUGACGAACUCUCGAUCGGAAAACCCCAAGAAAAAAUUUAUAUGCAUGUUAAAUGUGUAGGUACGAAGAUGACUUUACUCAUUUUCACCUCGACUCUACUCGCCUCAAAGAGUGGGGGGUCGGGGGACUGAGAGGUCAGAGUUUCUAAAUGAGCAGAAAAUAUCACGCAUGAGCAGGAACGAAAGCUGAGUCGGAUGAAGAGGAGCUAAGCUAGACAAAAUCGAUUAUGCCAGAGGCACUUACCUUCCUUGUUUCAUGUUGGGGGCGCUAGGUGUACUCUUUUUCCCUUUAUUAGGAUUUUUUCCCACAGGGUUUUUUCCUAGUAAAGGUUUUUAACGAGGCACCUCCCCAUCAUGGACAAGGGUGGUUGUCCCCGGCCGGAGAGGAAGAAAUCAAAGAUAGGGAACGUUGCAGAUACAGUUUGGACUACUCCCUUUCGCCUCGAGUACUCUCGACUCAGGGAGUGGGGGACUCCUGAUGGAAUAUAUGGACUCUGACCCCCCGGUCUGCCGACUACUGGGCCUGGACAGCAGCCCACACACGUUUAGCGGAUAUCAUUCAUAUUAUUGUACAUUAUUAUUAUUAUUAUUCAGAUGUUCUAGAUUAGUUUUUUGUACUAUCAAUCCAUUUAUGUAACCGGGUCUGUCAGGCCCAUAUUAGAGGUCCAGACCCGGAUUUUCCUUAUAUAUACUCCUUUAGGAGGCUACAUAACUCAUACAACCAAUAUUCAUUCUAUACACAUUUAUCUUCUUCUUCUC